AUGGCCAACUACCUGCACCAAAACCUCGUUUCACACGCUCCUCCAGAGAAAUUAAGAGAGUUGGUUGGUAUGGAUGAGCCAGCUCUUAUUCAAGGUAGCCCAUACCGCACUGGUCCUUUCAACGAGCUCUACCCAGGGUUCAAGCGUGUUGCCGCUACUGUAGGCGACCUAGCCUUUUUUCUAACGCGAAGGGUCACGCUGGAGUACCUUACUAAGGUGAAGCCAGAGGUCCGUGUUUGGUCAUACCAAGCAUCCUAUUUUCAUGGACUUCCGAUUCUUGGGACCUUUCACACCUCAGACUUGGUCCAGGCGUUCUAUGGAAUUCCAGUGAACUAUGCAAUGAAGAGUUCUCGCACCUACUAUUUCAACUUCCUGUACAAUCUGGACCCUAAUGCGGGUGUUGGUGGCUUCGCUAGAUGGCCUGACUGGAGGGAGAACCAGCAGCUGAUGUGGUUCGAAACCCCUUCUCGAAACAGCAUUCUUAAGGACGACUUUCGCAAGAACGCUUCGGAUUGA